CGGCGCCGCCGUCGGGCUGUUGCCGCGGUAACGGCGGCGAUGGAGGGCAGCGGGCGGCCCUCGGCCGCGCAGGCCGCGCUGCUGGCCGCCAGCACCGCUCUCACCGCCCUGCUCUACUCCGUUUACCGGCAGAAGGCCCGAGUCGCCCGAGGCCUCCAGGGCGCCAAGAAGGUCCGGCUGGACGGAGAGCUGCGGGCCGUGCUGCUGGAGGCGCCGGGGCGCUGCGUCCCCUACGCGGUCAUCGAAGGUGUGGUGCGGUCUGUUAAGGAGACCCUGAGCAGCCAGUUUGUGGAGAACUGCAAGGGCGUCAUCCAGCGCCUGACGCUGCAGGAGCACAAGAUGGUGUGGAACCGAACAACCCACCUCUGGAACGACUACGAGAAGAUCAUCCACCAGAGAACCAACACCACCCCCUUCGACCUGGUCCCUCCGGAGGACGGCGCCGGCGUCACCGUCAGGGUGAUGAAGCCUCUGGACGCGGCUGAGCUCAGCCUGGAGACGGUGUAUGAAAAAUUUCACCCCUCUGUCCAGUCCUUCACCGACGUCAUCGGCCACUACAUCAGCGGCGAGCGCCCCAAGGGCAUUCAGGAGACGGAGCAGAUGCUGAAGGUGGGCACGGCCCUGACAGGGGUGGGAGAGCUGGUCCUGGACAACGCCACCAUCAAGCUGCAACCCCCCAAGCAGGGGAUGCCUUACUACCUGAGCGCCCUGGAUUUCGACUCCUUGCUGCAGAAGCAAGAAUCCAACGCCCGCUUCUGGAAAAUCCUCACCGUCCUUUUCGGUUUUGCCACCUGCGCCGUCCUCUUCUUCAUCCUCCGCAAGCAGUACCGGCAUCAUCGCCAGCGGAGGCACCUCAGGCAGAUGCAGGAUGAAUUUCGACAGGCCCAGGAGCGCCUGAUGCGCGAAAUGAACGCGGAAGGGGGAGAGACCCUCAAAAACGCCUGCGUCAUCUGUUUAAGCAACGUCAAAUCCUGCGUUUUCCUAGAGUGUGGGCACGUUUGCUCUUGCAAAGAGUGUUACCGGGCUCUCCCCGAGCCCAAAAAGUGCCCCAUCUGCCGCCAGCCCAUCUCCAGGGUGGUGCCCUUAUACAACAGUUAAAUUUUUAUGGGUGUCGGGGGGUGGGAGGGGAAGCUUUUGGCAUUAAAGCUGUCUCUCGCCGAGGGGUUUUCUCACCUGGCUGCUUGGCUGGUUGAGUUUUUUUGAGGGAAGGGGAAAGGAGCUGGAGCGAGUAGGGGGUGCAGAGCUGGGUCUUCAAAGGUGAUAGUCCAGCUGAGCAGGGCUCGUAUCGUGCUCUGGAGGUUUUUGGGGUGGGAAAUGAGGAUUCCUCCCAAAGAGGGACAAGGAUUCCUCGCAAAGGAUGAUGAGGAUUCCUCGCAGAGGGCGCUCAGCUGGGCGAGGAGAUGCAGUUUCAAGCUCUUCUGUUAAAGAGUCAGACUCAGGGUUUGCGUCAUGAAAUAACCAGCUUAUAAAAACGUUGGUGUGGGGUGUGUGUGUGUGUGGAGAAAGAGAUGUGUUACGGCUUCUCUGAGGCUGCAGGAUUCGAGCAACGCUGCCGCCUGGCUCCGGGGACCGACGGAGCGGGGUGGGCUUUCAGGGGGGGGCUUUUGUGUGAACGUGAGUGGUUCUGUCAUCGUCCCCAAAAUGGGUUUGUGACCCUAUCGCGCCGGAACGGGGAGGUGAAAACGCUGUGGGCUGAUUUUCUGCACUUGGCUUGGGCUGGGAAUAGAAAAAAAGGGAUGUAAAGUAAUAAAAUAGGAUGGA